UAUUAAUCAUUGUUAUCCUCAUCUUCAAGGAGCUGAAGAAGCCAAACCAGAGCCCACAUAACUAUGGAAGCCAGCAGCAGCAGCAGCGUCAAAGCUAGGACUGCGGCUGAACUCCAAUCUCUGAAGCGUAAAUCGGGCAAGACUUACGGGCAGAUAGCGGAGGAGACCGGCUUGACCAACGUCUACGUUGCUCAGCUUCUCAGGCGCCAAGCUCAGCUGAAGCCGGCCACUGCUCCUCUUCUCCGGGCUGCGCUGCCUGGACUGACCGAUGAACUCCUCCAUGAAAUGAUGCAACCACCCCUUCGUUCAUAUGACCCUAAUUUAAUUCAAGAACCCACUGUUUAUAGAUUGCAUGAAGCAGUUAUGCAUUUUGGGGAGAGUAUUAAGGAAAUCAUAAAUGAAGAAUUUGGCGACGGGAUCAUGUCCGCCAUUGACUUCUAUUGCUCGGUUGAAAAAGUCAAAGGCGUAGAUGGAAAGGAUCGUGCUGUUGUGACAUUUGAUGGGAAGUAUCUGCCUUACACAGAGCAGAGAAGCGAGCAUAUGGUAUCAAGAUUAAGAAAGCAAGAAAACCAAGACGGCAAAGCAGAAUGAACCAAGUUUUGUGUUGCCAUUGUAUCUGUGUAUACACUUUUCCGGGCGUUAUCGAUUAAUCCCAUGAAUAAUGUAAGUUGUACAAUAAAUUGACCAUAAUUCCAGAUUUCUUUGAUUGAAUGGAAAGAGAAAUAUCUCUAUAAAUAUGUGUUGAGUGUUACUACUUGAUCUGUUAUUGUCUUGAGCAAAUUAUGUACCCCUUAUCAUGAUCAGUUCUGGAAACAUUUUUAUC